AUGCCGAGUCCACAGCAGGCAAAGGCUGACUUUAUGUAUGUCUUCUUUGGCGCCAAUGAUGCAGUCCUCCCGGACAGUCCAACCGGCCAACAUGUGCCACUGCAUGAGUACUAUCAAAAUCUAGAACUUAUUUUGCACGAUCCAGCGGUCACCACCCAUCAUCCUCGUCUGAUCUUGAUCACGCCGCCUCCGAUCAAUGAAUAUCAACUUCAAUUUGUUGACUUCGAUAAAGGGUAUGGUGGACUGACGAGAAAGGCCGAGAUCACGUGUCAGUACGCAAAUGCAUGUAGAGAGCUUGGGGAGCGAUUGAAAGUGCCGGUCCUGGAUCUUUGGUCUGCUAUGAUGGCAACAACAGGGUGGAGGGAUGGCGAGACGCUUGUGGGGUCGAAGGACGCUCCAAGGAACGCCAAAUUAGACAGCUUGCUGGCUGACGGUUUGCAUUUUCUACCGCCAGCUUAUAAAAUCCUGUAUGACGAAUUGAUGAAACUGAUAAAGGAGCAAUGGCCAGACCAGCAACCCGAAGAGACAUCAUUUCGUUUACCAGCCUGGACGGAUGCUCCAAAAAUAACAUUGUCUUAG